AUGUCUCUUCCUGGUGGCAAGAAUCCUUUCAACAGUGUGGGGAAAUGGAACCUUGACAAUUUGAAGAACGUUGCUGUAGAGAUUGAUGAGGUUAAGGAGACUACUAGUGAUUUCACCCGUAGAAAGAAUCCUAAGAAUCGCUAUUGGAAAGCCUUCAUCAAGUUCAAGUCUGGGCCUCACGAGUCUAAGGUCAUUAAGAUGUACGAUUGUGACAUUCCUUAUGUCAAGUCCACGAAUUAUGGAACUGACUAUAUCUUGGCCAGGCUUCAGAAGGUUGUUGGCGAGAAGAUCGUUGAAGAGGCACUUAAGCAUAACAUUGUCGUAAAUCUUCAAGACAAGCGUGCCGCAUCUGAUGAGAACAACUGGUGGAUGACUAUUAACAACACUAGCGGACGUAUCGGCGUCGUUGAUUCUAGUGCCAAUUUCGAGCCACAGGAUCUUGGUGCCAUUUUUGCUAAGACUGAAGAUGGCGUUAAGCUCAACCUUGAUCUUGUUUUCAGCGUCAGACUUACCAAGACUGAUAACAGCGACAGAGCCAGCAAAGACGUGUUCAACCUAGUCGCUGACUGCAGCCGUGGCUCUAUUAAGGCUAUCAGACAGGAGAUCGAAGCGCCGUCUGUGGAGGCCUCCAUCCCCCAGCAGCCUGCGUCCAAAGCCGACAUUGCGGGACAGGAACUCAUUGACGCUAUUAACGGACUUUUGGUCUAG